AAGUAAUAAUCUUCUCUCAGAUGUGCCCGAGGAUGGCUUGAAGGAAGUCCUCCUUCUCCAGACACUAGACUUGAGCUGGAACAACAUCUCUGCAGUCAACGCUACUGCUCUUCAGCUGAGCGUCAACCUGACCACACUGAACCUGACAGACAAUGUGAUCACGCGAAUCAACAGUCUUGCGUUCGGCAACACCACCAUCCAGACAUUGCUGCUCAGUGACAACAUGAUAUCCGAAGUGCCUGCUGCUGCACUUGGCUGGAUCUCCGCAACGUUGAGAAUACUGUCUCUGUCGUCAAACUCUCUGACCUCUCUGGCGGAGAGCAACUUCUCUGGUCUCGCCCUUCUUGGCAGCUUGGAUCUUGCGAAUAACCAGCUGGAAAGCUACCCAUCAUCUGGUUUUCAGCUAUCCAAUCUCACCUUCCUUGAUCUCUCCGGCAAUUCCCUUCCAGUGGAUCCGGAGAACUUCACGUGGUCUGUGGACACACCUCAACUUCAGUAUCUGAACCUUUCAUCAAACAUUGGGAACGACUCCGAGACAGCAAAUAUAUCUGCUGGAGCAUUCAGUGGACUCUCUCACCUGAAAGAUCUGAUACUGAGCGACUGUGCCAUUGAGAUCAUAGAUCAAGACAGUCUGACUGGAUUAGAUGCACUGGAAGUGCUGCAGCUGUCCAAUAACUCUAUUCAAAGUAUGCCUGAGCCAUUGCUCAAUGGGGGCUUCAACUCUUUGAAAGUUCUCAAUCUAUCCUACAACAGUAUUGGAACUGUUGGUGGAGGCUAUCUACGAUCACUGCCACAGCUACAGACUAUAGAUCUGCAGAAUAGUGAAAUCCGACAGGUGUCUGUGACUGCCUUUCAGGAUCAGCGGAGCGUCGACAAUGUAUACCUCAAUGACAACAGUAUACAAGAGCUGGAGCUGGGUGUGUUUCGAGGCAUCCGUCCAUCAGCUUUACACCUAUACAACAACCCAUUCCGGUGCCUCUGCACCAUUCAGUGGCUGCGUACGUAUGUUGACCAGUGGUCGGCGGUCAUCCCGCGCGCAGACGAGAUCCUCUGCUCGCAGCCUUCGAGCGUGUCUGGACAGGUUCUCAGCACCGUUCCAGCCGCGGAUAUGCUAUGUGUCCUGCCAACUGUAGCUGUUCCACUGAACAGCACCAGCUCACUGGAAGGUACAUCGCUGGAUCUGCCGUGCAACAUCACGGGUGUGCCGCAACCCGCAGUCACCUGGACCAAGACGGGCCUGACGGGCUCAGUUCUCAGCAUGCCGGACGUGGCCUGGAUCGAGUCGGAAAGCACGCUGCGCAUAUCCCGCGUGCAGAAGCUGCACGAAGGGGCCUAUACAUGCCAUGGACAGAACUCGGUCGGUUCAACUUCCACAUCAGCCUUCGUAACCGUCCUAGAUAAUUGUGCUGCAGGGAACUGCCAGCUGUUCUCAGUCAACCUGUUUGACUUUCAUGCAAGCGGCAACGCAAAGCACGCCAAGUUCGGCUACAGCUCAGCCUGGGUUCAGCCCAAGUCCAUGCCUGGUCUGCUGGAGAGGACGCUGGACAGAUCCACACAGCUGCCAGUGCUGAACGCAAGCCUGCUGAACGAAACAGCAAGCAACUCGACAUUGCCUACGGACGUAUCGAAGUGGUACAGCAACGGGUCAGACAGUACAUUUGUUAGAAACAGCCUGCGCUUUGAUAUCAGUUCCGUUCCUGCUUUAUCAGAAUCAGCCGACGCCUUGAUCUUGGACAGGAAUCCAUUCUUUCCAGUGGACCGUAUUGGCUUCAAGGAAGCUGUGGACUGCUCUGGUCUCACUCACAACCCUGGGUGGACUAUGCUCUGGUCGGCGUCAAUAUCAGUGAACGAAAACUUCAAUACCACACAGCCGGGCACACACAUGCUGACACUGAACACCGACUUGGAGGCCUGGCUCUUUGUGGAUGGCAUUCUGGCUAUGGACCUUGGUGGCCUGCACGCGCCUCAAUGCCAGCAUGUUCUAUUUGAAGAUGUCUCCGAGAAUGGUGUUCGUGUUGAUGUGUACGCCGGUGACACUGUGACCAAUACCUUGGCAUGUGCUACACCUGUAUUGGUCAGCUCUCACAGGCUAACAGCGAUACCUUACAACAACGUACGGCAUCGCGUCGACUUGUUCAUAGCCCACCGCACCCUGUGCUCGUCGCAGAUCUACUUUGCCAUUGUGGGUAGCGGCGGGCAGAGUAACAGCACCAGUACUGCGGUGGAAAUGUUCACCAUAGACGAGAAUGUGUUCGGUGGAGCAGCGCUGGGCACUGUGCAAACGCCACUCUACCUACUGGACCAAGCGGUCACCGUAGACUACCAGCUAUUGCCUCCAUUCAAUGCCCCGGGUCAACCCGCUGUGUUUGGUAUCUCCCGGUCGGGGAUAUUGAGCACGCUCAAGUACUUGGACUACGAGGAGAGCACCGAAUACCUGUUGACGUGUGCCGUGCUGGAGCGAAGCUCAGGAGCUGUGCUCGCAAGUGUUGGCCUGCUGGUUCUGGUGGUGGACUUGAAUGACAAUGCACCGGAGUUGAACGUCACAACAUACGACGCGGUGGUGAACGAAAUGAGAGAAGAAGGAACCAUCGUGGCCAGCCUGAACGCCACCGAUUCCGAUGCCAGUGGAAAUGCGGUUCUGAGCUUUGUAAUCGGAGAUAAGGUUGUCACAUCAGUAGGAUAUCAAGGCAUGGCGAGGUUCAGCUUUACUGUGACGAUAGCCGACUCCAGCAGUGCGGACAACACGUCCGUAGCAGCCAGCAUUCAUGUGCAAGGCAAUGCGGUGUGCCUGGAAAGCCAGUUCAGUGUGCGUCGUGUGGCCAGUAAUCAGGCUGAGAUUGUGCUGACAUCAUACGGGUACUUCAUGGAUUCUGGCGAAUGCCGUCGCUGUGUGGCUGGUGAGUACUGUCCAGGAGAUGGCACAAAGGGCAGGUGUGGAUGUGCGCCACCACUGAUGAACUGUUCUCUGGCAACCCUCUACUCCCAGGGCUUGGCAAGAAGGUGCUCCCUGUGCCCCGAGGGAUCGCUGUGUGCUAAUGGCCUGAUCACACCUUGCGCCGAUGGCUACUAUGCCGACAAGUGCUCACUGGCUUCAUGUCCUGCACAGUGUUCACCGUGUACUAAAGGCAGUGCCUGUACUGCAGGUGUGCGUACUCUCUGCAGACCUGGCACAUACUCGGCAGCACUGAAGUGCCUGCCAUGUCCACGGGGCACGUUCUCUUCCCAGUGGGGCUCUUCCUUCUGCUCCUGUUGUGGUAAUGGCAUGGAGAGCUCCUACGCCAGAGAUACCUGCGUGCCGUGUCAACCCAACGAGUUCUCAGUGGCUUUGAACACUUCAGUGAACUUGACGGCAACGACCGACGGAAAUGUCUGUGGUCACUGCACGACCUGUGCCAACAGCACUCAAUGUCCCUGUCUACAGGACUACUCGCCAUGUCCCAGUCAUGUCCGCUGUGUCAACCUUGUUACCAAGGUACCGGCCUACUCAUGUGGGAAGUGUCAGCCGGGCUUGGUGCGCAAUGGAAGUCGAUGUGACGAUAUUGAUGAGUGUCUGACUGCAGGGUUAUGCUCACCACUAUCCCAGUGUGUGAACACAGUCCCCGGCUACUACUGCUCAGCAUGUCCUGGAGGCUAUACAGGCCUGACACCGGCUGCUUCUAGUUUGAAUGUCAGCAAUGUCACUUCACAGGUGUGCAAUGACAUUGAUGAAUGCAUUGUCAGUAACGGUGGAUGUGAUCUGCACAGUGUGUGCCAUAACAUUGAUGGUAGCUUUUACUGCGGCCCUUGUCCGUCCGGCUACGUCGGCAAUGGAGACGAUGGGUGCACGUACGUUGACCCGUGUGCUGCCGGUGUGCACAGCUGUGACUCGAAUGCCGUCUGCAGAGUGCUGUACGGGGACAGAUCUAUCUGCCAGUGCAACUUUGGAUACAUUGGCACGGGUCAGCACUGUGGAUUGGACAGUGAUCUGGAUGGAUACCCAGAUAUACCUCUCUUGUGCAAUGAAGACUUUUGCAAGCAGGACAACUGUGUCAGUAUCCCAAACAGUGGCCAAGAAGAUUUGCGCAAUAGUGGAUUGGGUGAUGUGUGCAAUUUUGACGAUGAUUUCGAUAACUGGGCAGAUGACAUAGCUAAAGCCGAAGACCGGGACAACUGUCCAGAGGUGGAAAAUGCGGACCAGUCGGACAGAGAUGGCGAUGGUUGGGGUGAUGUAUGUGACAACUGCCCAGAGUUUGCCAAUCCCAGCCAGGACGAUGUGGACAAAGAUGGCCAGGGAGAUGUAUGUGAUAACGACGUUGAUGGAGAUGGGAUGAAUAACACCGUGGAUAACUGCCCCAAAACGCCAUCCACUAGUGCCUUCCCUGACAGAGACGGAGAUGGAGUUGGUGAUGUCUGUGACAACUGCCCUUCCUCAGCCAAUAUUAACCAGACCGACUCUGAUUUCAACGGUGUUGGAGAUGCAUGUGACACCACAUAUAACGCGGACGGAGAUCAAGACUACGACAGUGUGGUGAACUCCAUGGACAAUUGCGGUGUUGUUGCCAAUCCCGACCAAUCAGAUUUAGACAAUGACUCGAAUGGUGACCGCUGUGACACGGAUAUGGAUGGGGAUAGAGUUCUGGACAGCAGAGACAACUGUCCGUAUGCAAACAACUCUGAACAGCUUGAUUCAAACGGAGAUGGUAUUGGAGAUGUAUGCGCUGACGAUAGCGACAGGGAUGGCUCAGAAGAUGCCUCCGACGCCUGCCCACUCAAUCCACACGUGCAGAACUUCAGCUUUCUGAAACACCGGAUAGUGCAUUUUGGCACUGCUGGUAUGGCAGGUACGGCACACCGCACUUGGAAGUUGACUGAUCAGGGACGGGAAGUAACACGUACUGACUAUCCGGACACAGGUCUAACCUUUUUGCUAGGUGAACAACGGUAUGGCAGCUUUGAGAUGACCACUACUCUGUUUGUCAGGGGUGACAACAAGGGCUAUGUGGGCCUGGUGUUCGGCUAUCAGAGCAGCCGCCGAUUCUACUUGAUGAUGUGGAAGUGCUCGUCACAUUUGUACUCCGGCCUGAACUCGCCCAUAGCUCAUGGAGGACUCUCAAUCCGGCGAAUUGUCAGCUCCUUGCAGCUUAGUGAUGGCGAGCUGAGUGAAGAUAUCUGGGAAACUUCAAACUUCCUGGUCUGGCACGACACACAGAAGAGGUGCUGGACACCGAACACGGCCUACUCCGUUACUCUUGUUCACCGUCCAGAAUCUCACCUAGUCAGGGCUACCAUUCGCACUAAAGAUGGACUGAUAGUGGAUUCUGGUGAGCAGUUUGAUGUGCAAGAGAAAGCCAGUAAUCGCAUCAUUGGCGGCCGGCUGGGCACGAUGAGCUUCUUUCAAGACAGCGUGAUCUGGUCUGCCACCAAGGUCAAAUGCUUGGACGAAGAGGACUUUGCACUCCAGAUGGACGGCAUGUACGACUAUGUGAUACUGCCCACCUCCAACUCUCUCAUGAUGCAUCAGAGUUUCACAAUAGCCUGCUGGGUCAAGCUUCACAGUGUGGGUCAGGGUGAGGUGCAUCCUAUAAUCUGCACCUCGGAUGGACUUCUCUGUCUCAUGGUCAAUAACGGACAUCCUGCAGCUACGAUGAGCGGUGUCAGUGUGGUUGGACAAAGCCAGCUGACCAACAACACAUGGCAUCACUUGGUUAUACAGUUCAUAUCGCCUGUUGCUCAGAUGAAGCUAGUGUUUGAUGGUCAAGAAGAGGCAGCCACACUAGCAGCGCAAGUUCAGGCUUAUCAGGCAAAUAGACGGGUGUACAUCGGCCAAGACAGCCAGCUCAACUUUUUUCAUGGACAAAUCGACGAGGUUGUCUUCUGGAACAUCCCGUUGAGUGUAUCACUGAUCAAUCAGUACCGACAGGAGUACUCUCUGUUGAACCCCGACCGGAGAACAUUCAUAAUUGCGCACUACACAUCGAACACUGGACGUCACCAGCGGACAUUCUACGACAGUGGUCCCAGCGCUCUGCACGGUUGGACCAGAGGACAGCCACUCACUGUGCGAAGUGACCUUGAUUUGCCCAGGCUGUCUCGUCGACGCAGAGAUGAACCUGCUGUCAGACCUUUAACUCGUGAAGACCUCUAGCUGUUGGCACAGCAGUGUUUGGUAUUGGUUGUCAUACCACCAGAGGCAUUUAGGACCAGCAGAAUAUCUCAGUGAGUGCAUUGUGCUUCAGUUACAUGCAACUUUGGUUGAACACUACAUUAAAGUGCCUACACUUCAUACAAUCAGGAAUUUCUGUGAUUUCUCCACAAACCACCUUCUCUCUUCAUCAUAUGACUUUACAGAUCUGUGGAAGUCUUUCUUGACUGGAAUAACAACAGUUGAAAAGCCCACCUAUGGAAGUCAUUUGAAGGCUUCUUGGUUUCUCAGGGAGUCCCAUUCAAUAUUAUUACAUCCUUCA